UCCGACCUUGAAGCCAAUCGCUGCCACAGCGCGACGAUGUGUAGUUGCUUACUCUCACAUGUAACCCGUGUAUACAGAUGUCCCUUGUGUGACGGUUUACGUGUCUGCAUUCACGCGUGAGACAUGUUCAGCGGCAUUCAGCCCGUGACAGUUGUUUUUAACAACGCGAAAAACUGCUUCCUCCAUGUGCCCGCCAAGUUAAUUUCCCAUCUGUCGCUGAAGGAGAACCAGGCCUUGGAGUUGUCCAGUUGUCGUGACGGCCCACCGGCGUUUCUCACCUGGACUCUGAGUCGCAGCUCCUCCGACUCAGAUGGCCAAUGCGUGGAGCUGUGCAGACAACUGGCAGAGAUGCUGGGCCUGCGGGACAGACAGGAGGGGUUCUUGACGGCAUGUCAGCAAGUGUCGUCGGUGCAUCGAGUGUUUGUGGAGCCGCUCUCGGCUGACGACUGGGAGCUCUUGGAGCUGCAUAGUGGCCCGCUCGAGCAGAAGCUUUUGCAUCAGAUCCGGGUGGUGUUCCCGGGUGCCGUUUUCCCCGUGUGGGUGAACAGCCACACAGUCAUCUACAUCUACAUUGCGUCCUUGUCACCUUCGGUGCCUUACGGACGCCUGGAACCCUUCACGGAGCUGGUGGUGACUCCCAAGAAGCAGGCCGGCCACCCCAAGGGGCUUCCCUACCCCCGUUUUGACUCAACAUCCGCACCUGCAGCCCCCUCUCAAGCCAUCUCCCCUCCGAGUCAGCAGUGGGGGGGAAUAGCGGACCUGAAAAGUCUGUUCGGCUACAUGACAAAAGGCACACGUGACCCACUUAAGGAGAUCCCAUCAGUCCCGGAGAUCCCCGCCGUGCUGGCCGACGCCCUCUACAGAGUUUGCGGCUCACCCCCUUCGUCUCUGGCCGCCGCCAGCUGCGUGGUGCCCGACGUGCUUCACGUCUUCCCCUUGGGACACGCCUCGAAUUACGACAUCGCGGACGCUCAGCCAGAGGUGACCUACGGGCUGCUGUCCAAAGUGCCUUCGCCCCCGGAGAGAGCCAGGGUGGAGAAGAAGAAGGAGAAUGCGGCAGGAGAUGGUGGAGCCGAGGCCAAAGGUCAGGAGGCCACGGUGGUGCGCUUGGUGUGCCACGGUGCUGAUAUGCAAAGACGACACACCGAGGGAAACAUCCACUGUGGUCGAGUUUGGAUUCCUCAAGUUUUGUCUGUCAGACUCGACAUCCCGCCACAUUCAGCAGUGAGAAUAAAGCCGGUGAAAUCAACCGUGAAAGUGGCAACCGCCAUUCAACUCCAGCCUCUAAAACCACUGACGGAGACGGAGGAGGCCGAGGAGGAGGCGAUCCAGACGGCCUUCCUUGACUGGCUGCACACUCAGACUCACCAACCUUUGGCGUGCUUGACGCCACGAGCCGGCUCCCUCCUCCUACACGCCACUAACGACAAGUUGGAGUUUGCUGUGUCGGUCUUGAGACCAGAACCAGAACCUGAGUGCGAUCCGCCAGACCAGCUGUUUCUGCUCUCACCGUCCGUUUUACAGAAGAAACACAUACAGGUAAUCCGAGACCCGGUGUCCGUACCAGCUGCUGAAGUGGACCCACCAAAACCAGAUCUUCCCUCUCUGGAUUCUCUCGGAGGUGUGGAGGAGCUGAGCAGAAAAAGUUUGGAGUUCAUCUCCUACAGUCUUCUGGCGACUCCGUUGGCCAGAGAGCUGCUGGGAAUCAUCGGACGGGGACUCAAAGGCGGAGCGCUGCUCAUCACCGGCGCCCAGGGCAGCGGAAAGAGCGCACUGUCUCGCGCCCUCUGCAGGAAGGCUGCAGAACAGCUGGACGCCCACGUGGAAGUGGUGGAGUGUAAAAAGUUACAAGGCAAAAGGGCAGAGACGAUUCGCCAGACCCUGCGGGAGGUUUUCACGCAGGCGGAAUGGAUGCAACCCUCCGUGGUCCUGCUGGACGACUUGGAUCACGUGAGCCGGGCGUCCGCCUCGCCCGAGCACGGCCACGGCCCCGAGGCGCUGCUGCACCUGCACGUCGCGCAAAGCUUGCGGGACGUUGUGAAAGAUGCGAUGGACCAUGACGCUCUGAUGUGUUUGAUGGUGACCAGUGAGAGCAAACGCUCGUUACACGAGACGCUCACGCACGUGCAAGGAACGCACUUCUUCCAGGCCUUCGCGGACAUACGACCACCCGACCAGGCUCAGAGAGCAGACAUCCUUUUUCGCGCGAUCCAAACAAUGUGUGGCCCGUCGACGCCGGACUCGGUGAACUUGGACCUGGCCGCCGUUGCUAAGGAGACAGAGGGCUACCUACCUCAAGAUUUGCUGCUGUUGCUGGAGCGAGCCCUCCACGCCAACGCCGCACGCCAACAACAAGACGACAGCACCGACGUGCAUUUGUCGCGGCUGGAUUUUGCCAAGGCUCUCGGGGACUUCACCCCGCCGUCCCGGUGGGGGGCGGACUUGCACAGUCCCACCGGAGGAGGGCUGGAGACGGUCGGGGGGCUGACGGAGGUGCGGCAACUGUUGAUGGACACCAUCUUGCUCCCCGUCAAGUACCCCGUCCUGUUCUCCAAGCUUCCCAUCCGGCAUCGCUCGGGAAUUCUGCUGUACGGAGCACCGGGCACGGGGAAGACGUUGCUGGCCCAGGCCAUCGCCAAAGACAGCGGCAUGAACUUCAUCAGCGUCAAGGGUCCGGAGCUUCUGAGUAAAUACAUCGGGGCAAGCGAGCAGGCGGUGCGAGCCGUCUUCGAGAGGGCCGAGGCAGCCAAGCCCUGCUUGGUCUUCUUUGACGAGUUUGACUCGUUGGCGCCAGUGCGGGGUCACGACAGCACCGGCGUAACUGACCGCGUCGUCAACCAGCUGCUCACUCAGCUGGAUGGCGUCGAGGGCCUGCAAGGCGUUUAUGUGCUGGCCGCCACCAGUCGCCCGGACCUCAUUGACCGUGCUCUGCUGCGUCCAGGCCGACUGGACAAGUCGCUGUACUGCCCACCUCCCGACGAGGAGGACCGCUUUGCCAUCCUGAAGAUCCUGAGCACUGGCAUCCCCUUGGCUCCCGACGUGGACCUGGAGGAGCUGGCGGCACGCACCCACGGCUUCACCGGCGCAGAUCUAAAAGCUCUGCUUUACAACGCCCAGCUGGAGGCGAUAAACGUCAGCCAGGAGACCACGUGCGACAUGAGCCUGUCCGCCAUGAGCUUCCCGAACACCAGCAGCGGUUCCGAUGAUCUGGCCGAUGACGUCAUGGGAGACGGCGGUGGCGUGAGCCCGGAGCCCGUCGACCUUCAAGUUUCAGACAAUCGCCAACAGCAAGAAACCGGCGGUGAUGCCUGGAGGCUCUACUUCGAUAGCUCCUCCGAGCCCCAAUCUGCUGAAGGAAAUCGUUUCUCCGGACAUGACAUGGAUAUUCUGACCACCGAGUCCAGUUUUUCGCUGCCCCUGCUCACCAUGCCUUCCAUCCGGAGCGGCUUCCAGGACCUAGACGACGAGCAGCUGCGGCACCUCCGGCAGGAGGUCGCGUGCAUCAAGCUCAACCACCGCAGGGCCAUGGGUGAGCGUGUGCGUAUCCAGUCCACCUCCAGCCAGCCGGCGGGUUUCUUGCUGCGUCGCUGCCACAUGCUCGCCGCGCUCGAUGUCACCAGGCCGUCACUUGGCAAGAACGACUGGAGCAGAUACGCAACUCUGUACGAAGCUUUUUCAGGAGGCAGAACCACCAUGCCAACAUUCCAAGCAGGACAACGCGUCACAUUAGCGUGACGACACACUAAGAGGCAAUUGUCAGUUAUAAUUUGUCUUUAAUUACCCCAAUUGUUGUACAUUUGUUUAUAAAACAUUAUUAAGAAUUUAAAUAAAUGUUGGGGACUUGAAAAAU